AUGGCAACCAAUUCUAACUCAUCGCAGAAUACCAGUGACGACAACCUCCCACAAAAGAAGUUCGCAUUUGUUGAACAUGAAAGCAACAAGAGAGAACUUCGAAGCCAUGCUAUGCGGGAGCAUUGGAAGAAUAGACGACAAACGAUGAACGAGGAGAAGCAAAAAAGACAGAAGCGUACUCAGCAUACACUAUUGCCGACCCCGACGACGCAGUCGACAAUGUCUGAUGAGAACUCCGAGUCCUCUAGUUCAGUACUGAACACCAAUGCAUCAUCUGACACAGCAUUGAUACCUAACAACGAACUAAAAUCAGAUUUGGAAGGCAUUCCGCAUCAGAUACUUUCAGGGGCGAAUCUGGCGUUGGGGUCGAGCCGGCUUGACCCUUUCGAGCAACUGCCCAUGAAGCUGUCGGUCACACAUCACAAGCUUCUCCAUCACUGGUUUAGCGCUCAUGCCGCUAUGAUGUUUGCGCCAUCGCUUGAUGGGGCCUUCAGUCCUAUGCGCGACGUAUGGCUGCCCCUCGACUUGUCUAAUCCGGCAUCGUUCAAUGCACUCAUGGCGCUUUCAGCUGCGCAUCUCUCUCGGAUGCAAAUAUUUGGUCAAUCAGAAGUAGCUCUGGAGUUCAAGAGCGAAGCGGUGAGGAUCGUUCAGCUUUGGAUGCAGGACCCGGAGCGUGCAGUGUCAGACGAUGUCUUGGCUGCUAUCCUGCGUCUACUGACAUACGAGAGGUACUGGGGAACCGAGGCUGAGUGGAUCAUCCAUCACAAGGGUCUGAUGAAUCUUGUCGAGGCUCGCGGCAGUAUAGCGGCACUCAGCAGCAACUGGAGGCUUGAGCUAACGACCUUCCUGGUCUCAUUGAUGACGAGGCCGACUUGGUUCGAUUGUUCCAAUCAAAUCCAAGAGUUACUCACUCAUGUUUCGGAGCUCUCAUCACAUCCCAUCCUAAGAAAGGGAAGUGACCUGCGAAAUCUUCGGAGCUUAUUGCUGCUUUCGUUCAUCCAAGAUAUUGGUACAUUUCGAACAAACCUCCUCAGGACCACCCCGGUGCAUUACUCGGCGUUUCACGAAGCCAUCUUACUAUUAAAGACUCACCGCCAAGACAACGAAUUGGAUACUGUUCGUCCCGAGCUGUGUAGCGACUUGGAAUUCACUCGGCUUGCCUGUUUGCUGUUCAUCUGCGUGCUCUUGCAAAGGUCACCCGCGGACUCCCCCCACGACAUUGGAACCUACCAAGAAGGAGGUUGGAGCUUCCAAAGGCUGGACAAUUUGAAUCUGCUCAAUUUCUGCCUCGAGGCAAACCACUUGUCCUGGCAUGAUUCUCUCGAAAAUCUGAACAGUAUUCUGUUCUUCCAUUUCAGUGCAUCGGAAGGCACAGGGCUUGAUCCAGAUUACGUUCGCAGCAUGGCGACAGUCCUUGCUUCUUUAAGUGGUGGCGCUCGGUAUGCUGUGGAGCGAUGUCUCCUGGAGACUUUAUGCAGAGCAAGUGGCGGUGAACAGAACCUCCUCGAAGAGAAGUUUACCCCUGACAUCCUACUGUCGACGAUAUCUGGACAGUGA